UUAGUCACUUCUGGCUGGGUUCCACCUACAAUUCAGCCAGGCAGCCUCUGAAAGGAAAGUCACUCACUGAGCUUCAGUUUCCUUUGCUGCUCACACAGGAAUCCAGCCUCCAAGCUCCUCUUCUUAACUGCUGGAAAUCUGGCUCUGCCUCCCAGGCUCUGCUCACAUCUCUCCCAGACUGACAGCCAUGGAUCCUGACCAGCAAACUGCACAUUCCCCUGCUGCCAAUUAACAGACACAAGCCAUUAAACAGAAGCUCCCAGUGCCCCUGACCAAGCCCAGGGUAAUUGGCAGAAGGGUGCUCCAGCAUACAAGCCAUUGGCAGCAUUUGCCCAGGAGAGUACAAUGUUUAAUUGGCACAAGUCGUUCUCUAUUAUGUCAUCCUGGAGGAGAGGGAAAAAGACAGCUGAAACGGGGGGAGAGGUGGUCCUGACACAAAUCAAGAAAAUAAAUGAAAGUGAUCCUGACCUGAUAGAAUCAUGUUGCCCAAAUGGAAACAGCUUUCUUCAAGUUCACAAAUCCUCUGAUCGCCAAAGUGAUUUGCCCACAAAAGGAAACCAAUCUGAAUUAGCCUAUGAAAAGAAGCUGUCUCAGUUGGCAGUGUCUGAUUCAAUUUCCCGCCUGAAAAGGUUAUAUAAAUUUGAAUCUGAAGAUUCUGGUGUUGAGAUGCCAAGCGGUGCCAACUCACCAUCUACUCCUAAAGGGUCUGAAAAGAGCUUUGUGAUGCACAGUAGGGACUCGUCAUGUGAUUCUGGGGUACUCAGUGCAUCUUCAUCUCCCACUGUAGGCCAUCUGGAAAUAAAGCCACGUGUCCUGAAAGAAGAGAGUCACACAUUUCUCAGUGGUAUUGAACACUCUGAGGACUACAUUAAUAAUGUUAAACAAAAUGGAGAAGAUCCUGAAACUACUAUGGAAGAUUUCAUAGAGUGUCAAGAAGAGGAAGAAGAUUUGGACUUGCCUUCCAGCAAUAACCAAAACAAAUCAACAGAAGACGUCUCCAGUGCUAAACUUUCAUCUGCAAUGGGAGAUGACAACAAGUCCAUGAAUGAUUUUUACAAAGACACCUUUGAUGGGAUUGAUGAUAUGCAUAUGAACAACCAACUGAAAAGAUACCCAACAAGCGACAGUUUGGAUGAAUACAUGGAUGAGUGUUGCAGACUGAGUGAGGUUAAUCAAGGAGCAUCAAAAGCCCUUGGCUCAGGCCUUGGAUACUUGGAACACAUCUGUCAGCUCAUAGAAAAAAUUGGGCAGCUCCAGGAACACAACCUCAAGCUUCAAAGGCAAGUCUUUGCCUUGCAAAAAGAGGACAGAAUGAAACAGAUGAAAGAAGAGUAUGUUGUACAGCACUGCUGCUGUGGAGCAGCCAAUGUUUUCCUCAACUCACACCAGGAGAUGAAGAAGCAAGUUCCCUUGAGGAGGAACCGGCCACACAGUAUGUUUGUACAAAGUGGAAAUAACUCUGACCUCUUCAUGAUCCCAGAAACCGGUGUGAACUCUGAGAAGUUUGGCUACAAAGCAACUGCACAGAUGAAUGAAAGGAGGAGUCCUUCAUUGCUCGGGUUCAGGAAAUCGACAAACAAAGUGAAAUUUGAUGAAAGAGAUUUUCAAAAAUUGUGGGACAAGACAUACUAUGAUGCUUUGCCAGAGCAAGACACUAAAAAGUUUGAUCACCCAUUUGGAAUUGUCAGAGAACUUUUGAAGAAAACAAAGAAUAGAAAUAAGCUGGGAAUGUCAGCAUCACUGAAAAGUUCUUGUCCUCAGCUCUACAGGCCUGAUCUUGUACAUGGCGACUUAAAAAGAAAAGAAAGGAACUCAAUGAUUGUUCUUGGACAGAAUACAAAGAGGGAAUCUAUGUGGUCGAGUAAUUUUCUCCUAAGCAGGAAAGAUGAUGAUAUCUGAAGGUGUGGGAAGAGGAAGAUGAAGAAGAGAAGCAAGAGGAUGUGCUUGAAAGACAGAAACAGGAUGUUAAGAAAAGAGGGAAACAUAUGGCCAUGUAUGAAGCUGCUCAAUCAGAGGGAAAUGUAAAUAUUGUACAGUAUAAAAUGGGCAGCACAAGUGUGCAAAGAUGCUUUGAUUUGGAGUUUCCACGCCUAUUUAUUCUGCAAGUGGAUUGCUAUUUAUUAACUAUUUUGUUUUCAAAGAGAAUUCAACAAUGCCAGUUCAUUGGGACAAUUUAGGCUCCACCCCUGAUCUCAUUCAUGCUGUUGAUGUAAUGAUGGGAAAGAAUUACAUACUAGUAGGUCUUUAAUUGCUCCAUACAGAUGUAUGACUAUAGUGGCUACAUGGGUUUGCAACAUGUUACAUUUAUGGGCUAUGUGUUUCUCCAAUAAUUUCAGGUCAAUAUUAUGGGUGCACUUAGCUAAACCUGCACCAACUGUAUCCUGUUAAAGGCCCAAUUAUUUUCAAAAAUGGCCUUAAAAAAAUGGUGCAUACAACCAAACUUUUGGGAACAAAUCCAACAUUAGACAUUACUGGCAUGAAAUCAACUUGCACUUACCUAUUUCUCAAAGCUCUCCCAGUGCCACACUGACAAUAUAAAGAGCAUCCCUUAAACCUAUGGGUUAGCAUCUACAUAGCUGAUGACCUGUAAAGUAAAACGACCCCAUAUUAUUGCCUUUCUUGCCGCUGACACUUUUAGUUACUGCUCAUGGGAGUACUAACUAUAAGAUAAACAACAAAUAGAACAAAUUUUGCAGUAUUAAUUAUUAGAAAAAUCUUACAUGUGAAGAAUGACUUGGAUCCAUUCCUCACAGCACUUAUAAGCCAACAGUUUUACAGGUUCCAUGUUAUUCUAUGGAGUUUUUCACUCAAUUUGAGAGCUGAUCCCAAAUAUGGUACAACAUUAUCAAGUGUAUCAGAGGUGGAGUUUAAGGACUGUGAAGCCUCUGUAACAGAAAUAGUGAAUAUGAACCCCCAACUAUUUGCCUUUCAAGCAAUCAUAAUGCUGUUGUGUUAGUGUCAUGGUCCUGAUCUCUAUGCAUUCACAUUACAGUGAGCAGAUAAAUAUCAGUGGGGACUGCUGGGCAAUAACAACAGGUGCUGGGUGCUACUAGGUGAGGUGCAUCUAGUUCUUCAAUAAAGCACUUUUAGAUCUAUACGGCAUGUGAUGGCCACAAUAGUAGAAUAUGAGAUUGAACUAUAUCAUAGGAAAGCAUUAUAACAAAUCCUGCUUAAAGAGGUAAUUCACCUUAAAUGUAACUAUUAGUAUGGAGUAUAAAGUGCUGUUCUAAGACAGUUUGCAAUUGGUCUUAAUUUUUUAUUAUUUAUGGAUUUUAAUUUUGCUUUUUGCUCAGCAGCUAUC